CGCAAUUUCUUUAACUUUUAUUUUAUUAACGAAUUUUGUGACAAUGUGAACAAAAUGCCCGCACAAAGUGCGUUGGUCAGUGCUCCGAAUGUAUUUACUUUGUAUGAGCAAAACUGUCACCAUUAACCGCAGCCAGCCGAAGAAGAGUGGAGAGCAAAGAGUGAAGGGCGAAGAGACCCGCAUGUGGCAAGGGCUUCCGCGCAAACAAAUUAGCGUUUAAUUAUACAUAAGCAGCAAAUCCAAAUAGAACUGUAAGCCCGCGAACUGGAAUUAUAAUUAAAAGUGUGUGUGCGUGUGUGUGUGUGUGUGCAUCUGACUAUGUGUUGAGUGCUCGUAAAAUGAACGCAUCGAAUCGCAGUGCCCGCAAGCCCAAAGGAAAGCAGCUCGGUCACAAUGCAAACGGAAGCCAAGUCCGUGGCGCCACCGGCCAAGCCGCCGCGUCUGAAGCCCAACAAUGCCGAGACGCAUGUCAAGAAACAACUGCAAUUCCAAAGUCCGUUGCCCGGACGGUCACGUGCAGCGGCAGCCACUGAUGCUGCCUCGACGAUGGCCACGAAGGCGACGAAGCCGCGGCGAACUCCAGCCAAGUCGAAGACGCCCCCAGCCAGCAGCCAGCGGGAUGCGGCGGCGGAUGCCAGCACGGACACGGCUGCGGAUGCGACUACGGCAAUAAGAAGUCGUCUCGCCGAGGGCUGCACCACCCUAAUGUAUGCGUGUCUGCGGGGCGACAUUGUGCAGGUGCUCGCCCAGAUGCGCGCCAAG